GGUUUGUUUCUCUAAUUUUUCUUUUUCUUUUUUUUUUUUUUUUUUUUGUUGUUGAGAAGCCAUUAAAGAGAGACCAUCAUUUUAACCACUCCCAGUCACAAUCCACUCACCAUCCCAUCCCCAUGCAAUCUACUCUCACUCACACUCACAAUCACACUCACAGGCUGCUGAGCUCUCCUGCUAUUGCCUUCUUGGGUAUUGCUUUUUUCACUUUGCCCAUUCGAAUUCUAAAAAAGCUCACUUCUCUAUAAUCUCUUCUAUAAAAAGGAAAAUAAAGCGAAAACCCAGUCGGCGGUUUUUGUUAUCGUAUUUUGAUUCUCACUCCAUUUGUUAAGCUCUUUUCCCUUUUUGGGUUAUUUUCAGUAUUGAUCAGUAUUGUCAGCAAUGGUUUAGUUUUUUGAGCAGUGAAAGAAAGGUCCCGUCUUUACGUUUAUUUUCUGCUUCUACAUUGAUCUGCAUUGAACCCUUUAUUGCUCUCUUCUGUCUCUCCGGAUUCCAUGCUUUGAGAUUUGAUCAAAGGUGGGAUUUUGUUAUUCUCAAGGCUCGUGCUUUUCUUGUUAAUUGGUUUUGACAACAUCAUAGAUAAUCUCUAGUAAGGAUGAGCAAAGUUGAUGACUGGGGGGACGAAUGCUCUGUCAUUGGAGAUAAAGGAGAAGUUGGUUUCAUUGACUAUGAAGAUGACAGGUCUGUUUGUAGUUACAACCCAGAGGAAGAAGGUCCAAUUAUUGUUUCUGUUCCUUUCCCAUUUGUGAAUGGAAAGCCUCGAUCAAUUUUUGCUGGAGAAACAACUUCAGAUUUAAUUACAAUAAGGAACACAACUCCCGAACCUGUUGAUCUCUGGGGUGUAAAGAUUUAUGCUUCAACCCCAGAAGAUACUUUCACAAUUUCCCUGAUGGAGCCUCCGCGGGCAGAUUCUGAUGUGAAAGCCAUACAAGCAUUCCUUGAGUCUCAUUCCUUGGAAGACAGGGUGCUUCAGCCUGGUGAGACUUUGACUUUGUGGCUCUCUUGCAAACCCAAGGAAGUGUGUAUGCACACAGGAAUAGUUCAUUUUGAUAUCGAUAAUGAAACUAUAGAAAGAGUUGUUUUUCUCUUGGCGGAUGAUAAGAUUUCUCAUACUCUUGCAUCCAGGAAUCCUUAUUCAAAAAACAUAAGAAAGAAAAAACAGUUUACUGUGGAUUCAUAUGUUACAGCUCCACGUCCUUCAAGAGGAACUCGCGACUUUGUCAGAAAUAGGCUUCCACGAUAUGAUAUUCCAAGUGAUAUUAAAGAACUUCUACAAGAAAAUCAGGUCCCUGAUUGUAUUUUAGAGGGGCUUACUAGUAGAAGAAACUAUUCUACUUUCUUUAAAACAUUAAUUAUUAUGGAAGAGCUACAAUUGGAGGAAGACAUGAGGAGCUAUGACAUGGAGAAUGUUUAUUUCAGGAGGAAGGGAAGCCAAUUUUUGUCCCUUGAAGUUCUCGGGCUUGCUGAGAGGAGACCAUCACUAGUCCACGGGGAUAUAAUUUUCACUAAGCUUGUCUUCGAAGAUGCAGGGAGUCCCUCAUAUCAGGGUUGUAUCCACCGAGUUGAGGCUGAUGAAGUGCAUCUGAAGUUUGCCCCAGAAUUUCAUUUACGGCAUAGAGAUGAUAAUCGCUAUAAUGUACAGUUUACAUAUAACCGAAUUAACAUGAGAAGGUUAUAUCAAGCUGUUGAUGCUUCAACAGAAGUUGAGAAGAGCUUUUUGUUCCCAUCUGAAGCCUGUGAAAGGAGGCAGAUUAUAAGGAAGCCACUUGUCCCCAUAUCUUGUGCUCUUAAUGAGGAACAAACCUGUUCCAUUGAGAUGAUACUUGGCUGCGAAGGAGCACCACCUUAUGUGAUUCAUGGUCCUCCAGGCACAGGCAAGACAAUGACAGUUGUGGAAGCAAUCCUUCAGCUCUACAAAACUCAAAGACAUGCUCGGAUUCUUGUGUGUGCACCUUCUAAUAGUGCAGCAGACCACGUACUGGAUAAACUCAUUUAUGAAAAGGGUGUAAAACUUAAACAUAGUGAAAUAUUCAGGCUCAAUGCAUCUGCUCGUCCUUAUGAAGAGAUGAAUCCGGAUUAUAUUCAGUUUUGCUACUUUGCUGAAAAUGUCUUUAAAUGUCCUCCUUUAGAUGCCCUUCGAUACUAUAGGAUCAUUGUAUCCACAUACAUGAGUGCCUCUCUUUUGUUUAGUGAAGGUAUAAAGAGGGGUCACUUCUCUCACAUUUUCUUAGAUGAAGCUGGGCAAGCUUCAGAACCUGAAACAAUGAUUUCACUAGCAAAUCUCUCCAGCAAGAAUACUGUUGUAGUUCUUGCCGGUGACCCCUUGCAAUUAGGUCCAGUUAUAUACUCCAAAGAUGCAGAAAGGUAUGGUUUAGGAAAGUCUUACUUGGAGAGGAUAUUUGAAUCUGAGCUUUACAACGAUAUGGAUGAAAAUUAUAUAACAAAGCUAGUCAGAAAUUACAGAUGUCAUCCAGAAAUUUUACAUCUACCCUCAUUACUGUUUUACAAUGAAGAAUUGAUUCCAUGUAGAGAUAGAAGAAGUUCUUUCAUGGAAAAGGUGGACUUUCUUCCGGACAGAGAAUUCCCUGUUCUUUUCAUUGGCAUCCAAGGCUUAGAUGAGAGGGAAGGAAGUAAUCCAUCCUGGUUUAAUCGGUUUGAGGCAAGCAAAGUGGUUGAAAUCAUAAGAAAAUUGACAGCACAUGGGGAUUUGGAAGAUGAAGACAUUGGGGUAAUAACACCAUAUAGACAGCAAGUGCUCAAACUAAAGAAAGCUUUUGAAGGUUUAGAGAUGACUAACAUAAAAGUGGGAAGUGUUGAGCAAUUCCAAGGGCAAGAAAAGGAAGUUAUCAUAGUAUCUACUGUCCGAUCAACAAUUAAACACAACGAAUUUGACAAAAACCACUGCCUGGGAUUUUUGAGCAAUCCAAGAAGGUUUAAUGUGGCUAUUACUCGUGCUAUAUCUUUGCUAAUUAUAAUUGGAAAUCCACAUAUCAUCUGUAAGGAUACAUACUGGAACAUGCUUUUAUGGCGUUGCAUAGACAACAACUCGUAUCAAGGCUGUCCUCCACCUGAAAGGCAGGAGGAGGAGUUUUUUGAUGAGGAACCCGUGCAAGAAUAUGGAUCGCUCGACGUUGUUCAGGGUGAAGAGCCCUCACAAUCAGAGCUUCCUAAACCUGGUACUGAUGAAGCUGAAUGGUCUGAUGGAUGGAAGUGAUUACUCACAAUAUUGAUGUUAACAAUGUCUCUUUUUGGUGUGUAAUGAUUUGUUAGCUGUAGAACUUUUAUACACAUAAUAUUUCUAUGUUAGCAAGUGAUGAGCAAUCUACUCUAUAGAGUCUGAAAUUUCAAAGCAUAACUGCAAGGAAAGCUUUCUUGAUUUAUAGAAAAGUAUAAUGACAUUUUACCA